AAAGAUGCCAAAGGCCAGUUCCUCUUUGACCUGCUUUGCCAUCACUUAAACCUCCUGGAGAAGGAUUACUUUGGGAUCCGCUUUGUUGACCCCGACAAGCAGAGGCACUGGCUGGAAUUCACAAAGUCUGUGGUGAAGCAAAUGCGAUCUCAGCCCCCCUUCACCAUGUGCUUCCGAGUGAAGUUCUACCCCACCGAUCCAGCUGCUCUAAAAGAGGAGAUCACCAGGUAUCUCGUCUUCUUGCAGAUCAAAAGAGAUCUGUAUCAUGGCCGCCUCCUGUGCAAGACCUCCGACGCUGCUCUGUUAGCCGCCCACAUCCUUCAAGCGGAAAUUGGUGACUAUGAUCCUGGAAAACACCCAGAGGGAUACAGUUCCAAGUUCCAGUUUUUCCCCAAACACUCAGAGAAAUUGGAGAGGAAAAUUGCUGAGAUCCACAAAAUUGAGCUCAGUGGGCAGACCCCCGCGAUGGCGGAGCUGAACUUUCUCAGGAAAGCGCAGACCUUGGAGACGUAUGGAGUGGACCCACACCCCUGCAAGGACGUGUCUGGAAAUGCUGCUUUUCUGGCGUUCACCCCAUUUGGGUUUGUUGUCCUGCAAGGAAACAAGCGAGUUCACUUCAUCAAAUGGAACGAGGUGGCCAAAAUGAAAUUUGAAGGCAAGACGUUCUAUUUAUAUGUAAGUCAGAAAGAGGAAAAGAAAAUUGUUCUGACCUAUUUUGCUCCAACUCCUGAAGCCUGCAAGCAUCUCUGGAAAUGUGGGAUUGAAAAUCAAGCCUUUUAUAAGUUGGAGAAGUCCAGCCAAGUUCGCACGGUCUCCAGCAGCAACUUAUUUUUCAAAGGGAGCCGGUUCCGAUACAGCGGCCGAGUUGCCAAAGAAGUGAUGGAGUCUAGUGCCAAAAUUAAGAGGGAGCCUCCGGAAAUACACAGGGCUGGUCUGGUUCCCAGCCGUAGCUGCCCCUCCAUCCCCCACGGACCCCGGCUCAGCAGCGUUCCCAGGACCAGGAGGAGGGCCGUCCACAUCUCCAUCAUGGAAGGCCUCGAGUCUUUGCGGGACAGCGCUCACUCCACCCCGGUCAGGUCGACCUCCCACAGCGACGCCUUCUUGCCCCACUCGCGAAGUGGCAGAGCAGAGAGCAGUGAGCGGGUGGCGGUCAUCUCAGACGAGGUCUACAGUCCGUCGGACAGCGUGCUGCCCACUCCGGUGGCCGAAGAGAGUCUUGAACUGAUGCUGCUGUCCAGGCCAGUGAACGGCGCUCCUUGCAGCAUAGAGGAAGAGAAGGAAUCUGAGGCCAGCGGCUCCCCCGCGGUGGAGGCCGAGGAGCUGGGAAGGGACCUCCGGGCCUUGUGCAGCAGUGGUGGAGCGCAGGCAGAACAGGUGAAUAAGUUUGUUUUAAGUGUCCUCCGUUUGCUCCUUGUGACAGUCGGACUCCUCUUGGUUUUGCUCCUUCUCCUGAUCAUCCUUACGGAGUCUGACCUUGACGUUGCCUUUUUCCGUGAUAUUCGUCAGACCCCCGAAUUUGAGCAAUUCCAUUAUCAAUACUUUUGUCCCCUCAGGCGAUGGUUUGCCUGCAAAAUCCGCUCCGUACUCAGCCUGCUCAAUGAUACCUGAAGGCAGUUCUCCUCCUAGUAACUAGCCAGGUGGACUGUGGAAGAUCCCUGCUGCCCAUUCCCAGAAAAUGGGGUUCAUCGUGGCACCAUCGGCACAUAAAUUAAGUCCUCCUUUCAUGACUCAAAGCACGCUGCAGCCCAGGAGGGUGGUUUCCCAGCCGAAGAAAGGGAUAGACUCGUGCCAGAUCAAACCAACCACGCAACCAAUUUCUUUGGAGGUCCUCUUUCUGGAAGCUUCUUCAAAGUUCUGCUUUCCAACAUUCAAAUUUCUCUGCACUCUUCAAAUUUAUUUUUGCUUUUGUUGAGGUGUUAACUUCAAAAACUUCAAGUAGAGAGAGCUUAUUUUAUUAUUACUAGCAUUGCGUUAAAUGCCAGCCUUCAGCUGGGACACUAGUCCAUGAAGACAGCUGUUACUUUAUGCAGGAGCUUUUGUAAUGGUGCUACUGAGUUGUAAGUUUAAUAAUAUGGUAUUCUUUUAUUAAAACUGCCACUGUGCGCAGCACUACCACCUUGAACGUGGUCACUGAAAAUACGGCAGUCUUACUUUCUUACCAAUUACCAGGCUUCAUGUGGGGACCGAAGGGGGGCGAUAGGACCAAUGCCCACAUUGUACGAUCAUCCAGCAUUGUUAAUUCUUUUCAAGCAAUAGAUUGUUAUGAGAGGUCAGCAGUUAGGUAUAAAUCUAUUUCUUCCCUUAGCAUAGAGUGCAAUGGCCAUGUAACCUGUCUUUUAUGAAUUUCAACUCUUGGCCUUUACAAUCCCAGAGAGAGAGACCUUUUCUUAGAACAGUUAGGUCCCAAAGGAAGCAAGGGUUGGUAUAUGGGAAGAGUCAAUCUAUGGACCUGAUGGUUGUUGACGAAGUCUUGCUGUAGUAGCUAUCAGAUCUGGAUUUCUUUGAAUGAGA